CAAAAAAUUUCAGUUGACAGUUGAAAAAGAAUGAGAAUUUCAGUGUUUUCCAAAAAAUAUUCCUGAAAAUGUCGCUAAGAAAAGUGCUUUAUUUAACACGAACGGUCUGUUAUAAGACCACCAAGCUAAAUUCUUCACAUAUCGCUGAUCAAAAAGCACGGUUUCUGUCUACAAACCCAAUAAAAUUGUAUGCCGCUGAAAAUAUAGAUAAAACCAAAAGUCCUCAAGAGGGAGAUAAGCCUCCAAGCAUACUGGGCAGCUUGUUCCCGCAGGCUGUGGUGAGUCCGGACGACGCACAGAAAAUCAAGAAAGAACAAGAGAAGUUUGAGAAGGAGAACAAGGAGAAGAACGAGGAGAAUGAGAAGAGCUGGAGGAGGAUGAAGAUCAGCUUCGCAGUAUUCGGCGGCGCCAUGACAGUCAUGGGUGGCUGCAUGGUGGUGGAGAUGGGCGCCCCGCGGCGCGAUGAGCAAGGCAACGAGAUCCAGGACGAGUUCACCGACCAGCCCGUCGUCAUGCAGUACCUGAAGCGGACGUGGAAGGAGCUCACGUUCUAUGAGAAGAUGAUAAAAGAGCCAUCCCGCGAGAAGCUUCUCCCCGACCCGCUGCCGCCGCCCUACCAGCCCACCUACACGCUGGUGCUCGAGUUCACUGAUGUGCUGGUGCACCCCGACUGGUCCUACCAGACUGGAUGGAGGUUCAAGAAGCGCCCCGGCGUGGACCAGUUCCUCCAACAGGUCGCCAGCUCGGACUACGAAGUGAUCAUCUUCACCAACGAGAACGCGUUCAUGAUCUGGCCGGUCAUAGACAAGCUGGACCCGGAGAACAAGCUGGUGUCCUACCGCCUGUUCCGCGACUCCACGCAUUUCAUUGACGGAGUGCACGUGAAGAAUCUGGAGGGGCUGAAUAGGGACUUGUCCAAGGUGAUCGUGGUGGACUGGAACAAGCAGGCGAUCAAGUUCCACCCGCAGAACUCGCUCAUACUGAAGAAGUGGAAGGGCACGGACGACGACACCGCCCUGCUAGACCUGGCUAACCUGCUGCAGACGAUCGCGAUGUCCAACGUGAUAGACGUGCGCGAAGUGUUGACCUACUACAGCCAGUUCGACGACCCCAUAGCCGCGUUCAGAGAGAACCAGAGGAAACUCAUGGAACAGAUGGAGGAGAAGGAAAAGGACGGCAAGACUAGCGCGCUCCCUCUCACCAGUAGCUGGCUGAAGACGUUCACGCGACGUUAGCGCCCCCUACUUAGUUGCCGCCAUCUUGAAUCUAAAAUGGCGGCUUGGGUGGCCGUUGACCCCAUAUGGUUUGAGAUCGCAUGUUCGAUUGUGCGGUUUUAAAGGCGUAUGGGAAAGAUUGGGUCUUGUAGUGUAAAGCGGGUAGUUUGAAUCGCGUAUGUAUGUGCAAUACUCUGUUGUUCUGGGCUAGUAGCACGGGGCGCAUUUAAGACGUG